GGCUUCAACAACUGUAGUAUGAAGCUGAACCAGGCAUGAGUUGACAUAGACUGUGCAAAGAUGAGCGCAGGCCCUGCCGAGCCUGGGGUGCAUGGCUUCCCCAUGCACGGGAUGCCGAUGCCUCCGGGAUAUCCUGGUAUGGGCUACCCAGGUAUGCCACCUCCUGGUUCGUGGCCUCCAGGGUACCCCAUGCCUGGAUAUCCAGGAUACCCUAUGCCACAUGUGAAGGAGAAAAAGGAGAAGAAGAAAGAUAAAGAAAAGAAAAAGCGAAGAAGAGAGAGAAGCAGCAGCUCAAGUGGUGACACCAGCAGCAGCCGAGAAGCCAAAAAGAAAAAGAAGAAGGACAAAGCUAAGGAAAAGAAAUCUCGCAGGAGGAGCCCAGGCUCGGGUAAUCAGGAUGACUCGGAAACUGCGGCCCGGGCACAGGCUGCCUUGAGAGCAGCAGCUGCAGCCGCAGCAGUAGCGGGAGCAAAGAGGAGGAGUGCUUCUCCUUUAGCAGGGGAGGAUUCUGGAGCAGGCGAAGCCAGAAUGACUGAAGCUCCGAUGCAGGCAGACAUGGAAUCAGAAGAGCAGGACUUGGCCAAUCGGUCACGCGGCUUCAUGAGGCCUGAGAAGAUAGAGAUCCUGCAGCUGCCAAAGACGGUGAUUGGCAGGGUCAUCGGGAAGGCAGGCGCCACGAUCAAGGACAUCCGUGAGCGUACAGGCGCUCGGAUAGAUGCCCGAGACCAGACAGAGGACCCUGUGCAGGUGCUUCUAAGUGGAACUCUUGAAGCCUGCGAGCAUGCGAAGGCGCUGAUACUGGAAGUUGCCGAUGGCGCAAUGCUUUCAGGCGAUGCAAGGGAGGUUGGCAGAGAAGCCGCAGCGGCCGCAGCAGCAGCAGCUGCUGCAGCAGUGUCUGCCAGGGCAUCUGGAACGACCGACCCUGGUGCGCCGUCUGUGGAGGAGCACAUUGAACUUCCAAGACAUGCAACUGGAAAGGUUAUAGGAACCAAAGGGCAGCAAAUUGCGGAGAUCCGACAAAAAAGUGGCGCUCAGGUGGAUGUGGACAAAUCUCCAACCGGCUGUCGUGUACGCUUUGUUGGCAACCAAACUCAGGUUGACAUGGCCAAAGCAAUGAUCAACGCCAUCAUGUCACCUCCGCAAGAGACAGGUGGCGGUGAAUACUUGGAGAUUCCUCGGAGCGCUGUCGGCCGAAUCAUUGGUGCUGGUGGAGCUCGCAUCCAGGAGCUGCAGGAACGUAGUGGAGCUAAGAUUGACAUUGAUCGCCAGCCGGAUCGGUGUUUGGUACGCUUUGGUGGAUUUCCCGAAAAUGUCCAGCUUGCCAAGAACCUUGUGACGGAAGUCUUGGAAGGCAGGGACCGUACACAGCUAGCAGAAGCUGCAGCUACCAUGGAGAUACCUCCUAGCACUACUGGCCGCUUGAUUGGGCCUGGUGGGCGCCAAAUCAAUGAGAUUCAGGAGAAAAGCGGCGCGAAGAUAGACUUGGACAAGGGCCGCGAUCCCUGCGUUGUCCGGAUGACAGGAUCCGCCGAUGCUGUCGCGAUGGCACAGGUCAUGAUCCGCGAGGUUCUUGGUCCUUCCGGCCGAGUAACAACUGGCGGGGGUCAUCAGGAGGUGGCUCUUUCGGCUUCGGUGGCCCGUGCUGCUGCAGCUGCUCAAGCUGCUCGUAUGCAGGUGGCUGGAGGCUGCGCUUCGGCUGGUGGCUGUGCGCCACUCGCGAUUGGCGGCUCAACUGAUGAGGAGAGCAUAACCUUUGACAUUCCGCUGCAUCUAGCGGACAAGGUCCUGGCAGACGGUUCCUGGCAGAGAUCCGUCGAGUCCAAGACCGGUGCCAGAGUCAUUGUAAGGCGAGAUGCCUUCAAGUGCCAGCUGGAGCUUUGCGGGCAGCCGGAGCAGGUGGUGGAAGCGGAGUCGUUCUGUGAAGAGACGGUUCGGGUCAUUGCUGCUGGGAUGCCGCCGGCAGAGAGCUUGCCACCACCGCCAGCGCCGCCGUUGCCUCCGCCUGCUGCUAGCCCAGUCUUUGGCGCAUGCACCCUGCAAAGGCCAAUGUUGCAAGGAGCAGCGUUAGCGCAGGGGGCGUUGGCGCCUCCUUGGGCGAAAGCAUCUUGGGACGCGAGGCCAGACAUUUGCAUGUUGCAUGGUGACGUGUCAGAUGCAAUGUUCUUUCGUGUGGAAGGCCUGCUGGGUCUGUGCCUGAGUGGAAUGGCACGCUUUGAGGCAUGUCAAAAUUGAAGGCCUUGCAAGACGUAAGGCCGGUGGUUGUGCCUCCUCCAGCGAUGUUGCCACCGCUGAGCCUCCAGGGCGUACCUACCAUGCCAAGUUUCGCCAGUCCCAUGCCCCGGCCGCCUGGGCCGCUGUGAGGCACCACUUGUUGCUGGGCACCUUCUGGCGAUGAGUGCUUGCGGCAGUCACUUCCAAGAGACCCCAACGGAAGUAGCUUGCCGC